AAUGCUUAUUUUGCAGGGCAUCCAAGAAAAGUGGUCGUGAUAGCAGCAAUAGCUGCAGCAGCUGUUGGAACUGUCGUAUUAAUUGUGUCACUCUGUUGUCUGAGAAAGAAGUUCUCAUCCAAUAAAUCAAUCCUCCCCUGGAAGAAGCAGAAUCGAGAACAACGAAAUAUUGAGGCGUUUCUAGAGCACUAUGGGGCACUGCAAGCUAGAAGAUAUAGCUAUUUGGAUGUCAAGAAAAUGACCAACUCCUUCAAAGAAAAAUUAGGCCAAGGUGGGUUUGGCAGUGUGUACAAAGGAAAGUUAAAUGAUGGCCGUCUCGUUGCGGUUAAGGUGUUAAAUGAAUCGAAAGCUAACGGUGAGGAAUUUAUAAAUGAGGUAGCAACUAUUAGCAGAACGUCACAUGUCAACAUUGUGUCUUUAUUGGGUUUCUGCUUUGAGAGUGCUAAAAGAGCUCUCAUUUAUGAGUUCAUGCCUAAUGGAUCUCUUGAGAAAUUCGUAUUUGAUGAAAACACAAGUGAAAAUAGUAAUCAUCAGUUGGAUUGGGAAACACGCUACCAAAUCUCACUUGGCAUUGCCAGAGGACUAGAAUAUUUACAUCGUGGUUGCAAUACUCGGAUUUUGCAUUUUGAUAUCAAGCCUCAUAAUAUUCUUCUCGAUGAAGACUCUGUCCCUAGAAUCUCAGACUUCGGCCUUGCAAAAAUCUGUGCUAGAGAAGAAAGCCUUGUCUCCAUGACAGGUCCACGAGGAACUAUUGGAUACAUUGCUCCAGAGGUUUUUAGUAGAAACUUUGGAGGUGUCUCACAUAAAUCUGAUGUAUACAGCUACGGAAUGAUGGUUCUAGAAUUGAUAGGAGGGAGAAAGAAUGUGAAUGUUCAAGUAGAUAAUUCGAGUGAAAUAUAUUUUCCACACUGGAUUUAUAAGCGCCUUGAGCUAGAUGAAGAGCUUGGACUGAAGAGAAUUUUAGAUGAAGGAGACCGAGUGAAAGCGAGGAAGAUGAUAAUUGUGAGCUUGUGGUGCAUACAGACCGACCCGUCAAACCGACCAGCAAUGAGUAAAGUCAUAGAGAUGUUGGAAGGGAAUCUUGAUUCCUUGCAAGUGCCACCCAAGCCUUUCUUGGCUUCUCCUUCAAGCUCGCCAAAAGCAGAAUUUUCGAGUACUUUUGAAUCGUCACUAGACAUUAUUGAAGCUAAAUUUUGAGGUCAAAGACAUUAUUGAGGUCAGACAAUAUGAAAUCUUGUGCAUAUCAGUCGUGUUGAAUUUUUAGUUCAAAACUAAUCUUUUAAGACCGCGCUCAUUUAUAAUUUGCAUUAGCCCUUUUAUGAGACUCACAACCU